AUGGCGACCAACGCGACCGCGACCAACAGUACUAAACUAGUCAGUCCGCAGGGUGGCAUCAUCGAAGGCGGCAACCCUACAGACUAUGACCCCAAGAACCCACUGGUGUUGUUUAUCAUCCAGGCCGUCAUAAUUAUCGUGCUAUGUCGUUUAAUCCACUGGCCUCUGUCGAAGAUUCGUCAGCCCCGAGUCAUCGCAGAGGUGAUCGGUGGAAUUGUUCUGGGCCCAUCGGUGAUGGGACGCAUCCCCGGAUUUACAGACGCUAUUUUCCCGACCACCAGUAUUCCCAGUCUCAAUGUCGUCGCCAAUCUGGGACUGGUACUCUUCUUGUUUUUGGUCGGUCUCGAGACCGACCUACGUUUCCUCAUCAGUAAUUGGCGGGUCGCGUUGAGCGUGUCCGCUGCGGGGAUGAUCUUGCCAUUCGGGUUGGGAUGCGCCAUCUCUUAUGGCCUCUAUCAUGAGUUCCACAAUGACCCUGGGACUAAGCCCAUUGCCUUUGGGACCUAUCUGCUGUUCAUCGGUAUCGCCAUGGCCAUCACGGCCUUCCCCGUGCUGUGCCGUAUCCUCACCGAGCUAAAGCUACUCUCAACCCGUGUCGGUGUUAUCGUGUUGUCCGCCGGUGUGGGUAAUGACGUGGUGGGCUGGAUCCUGCUUGCACUGUGCGUCGCUCUUGUCAACGCAGGUACUGGUAUCACAGCUCUAUACGUGCUGCUGGUUUGCGCCGCCUACAUGCUCUUUUUAACUUUCGCUUUCCGCCCACUGUUCCUCCGCUUCCUGGAGAAAACGGGUAGCUUGCAAAAAGGACCCAGUCAGUCGGUCGUGGCUCUCACCCUGCUCAUUGCUCUGGCUUCCGCCUUCUUCACACAGGUUAUUGGUGUUCACGCCAUUUUUGGAGGCUUCGUCAUCGGCUUGAUUUGCCCGCACGAAGGUGGCUUCGCCAUUAAGCUCACCGAGAAAAUCGAGGAUUUAGUCGCUGCCAUUUUCCUGCCACUUUAUUUCACCCUGUCCGGUCUGAGUACCAACUUGGGCCUCCUGGAUUCUGGAAUCGUCUGGGGUUAUGUGGUUGGGGUAAUUGCCAUCGCGUUCAUUGCGAAGGUUACUGGAGGUGCUGUUGCGUCGCGGCUCUGUGGGCUCUUAUGGCGUGAAAGUUUCUCGAUCGGUGUGUUGAUGAGUUGCAAGGGUUUGGUGGAAUUGAUUGUGCUGAACAUUGGUCUCCAAGCCAAGAUUCUGAGCACCCGCACCUUUACAAUUUUCGUCGUGAUGGCCUUGGUCACCACGUUCCUUACCACUCCAUUGACCACCUUGCUGUAUCCCAGGUGGUACCAAAUCAAGGUCGAGCGAUGGAGACGGGGGGAAAUCGACUGGGAAGGCAACCCCAUCCAACGCGAUGACCGCAAUGACAGCGUUGCUCUUGCCAAGAAUCAGUUGAAGACCGUCCCAGUACGUAGGCUUCUCGUCUACCUGCGUCUAGAUGGUCUUUCGGGUGUCUGUACUGUGGCAGCCCUCCUCAGCUCAAAGCGACGUGCAUCCGUGUCGUCACGCAUUCAUCCCACAAAAAUGCCAAAGCAAACUGAGCAAACCGUUGAAGAUCCUAUUACCUCGGAAGAGGAGCAAGACACCACACUCAAGGUGCACGGUGUUAGGCUAAUGGAAUUGACCGACCGUGAUUCUAGUGUCAUGAAGGUUGCUGCUGCAGGCGAACAUGCACUGUGGGAUCCGGUAGUCAACACCUUCCGCGCCUUUGGAGACUGGCAUGAUCUCUCCCUCAUGGCGGGUGUAUCCGUCGUCCCCGAGCACUCUUAUGCAGACACUGUCAUUGGAAUGGCGCAGCAGGACACCGCAGAUAUGCUCCUUCUCCCCUGGAGCGAGACAGGAACACUGGCCGACCACCAUAACGGAUUGGAGAUUGACGACGCAAAUCGUUUCUCCAACGGCGCCUACACAAGCUUCAUUUCUGAUAUCUUAGCGCGGGUCACGGGUCAUGUCGGCAUCCUAAUAGAAUACAGUUCAGCAUCGGCCUCCAAGCGACCCGUGAUUUCACGCACUCCCAGCGGUAUGAGCCUCCAGGGUUCCAUCUUCGCCCGCCAGCCAAGCGGCAGCCGCUCCCACCACAUUGUCCUUCCAUUCUUUGGCGGAGAUGACGACCGAUUUGGUCUUCGGCUGGUCCUGCAGCUUGUUAAGAAUGACCAAGUCACUGCGACUGUUAUUCAAAUUGGCGGAUUGAGCAGUGAUGUCACCAAAACAGGCGUGUCGACUGAAGUCUCUACCUCGAGCUCAAAUGGGCACCCCGCGUCCAGUUCUCAAUCUGACUUGGUCUUCUUCGAGACGCUCCGUGAUUCAGUACCAGAGGAACUCCAAGAGCGUAUCGUCUUCAGUCAACCAGCUGUCAACGAAACCAUCACCGACCCAGUCCAAAUGGCGGUCGUUUCUGUCCGUGAAGAACUUAACCACACAUCCAACAAGGCCAAUAACAUUGUCAUCGUUGGUCGUCGUAGUGUCCCCUCCGAGAUCGAGCUGGGUCUUGCAGAUGACGGUAUUGGCCAUGAUACCCGCCGGGCUCUGGGAGGUGUUGGUACUGCAAUGGUACAACACGAGAGUAAGAUUUAUGGCAGUGUGUUGGUGCUGCAGGCUGGUACCGACGCUGGGCUGGCUGGUUACUAUUCCUGA